GCAAUUUUUUUUGCACUUUUCACGACCCCAGUUUCUUGCCCCGCUCGGCUGUUCGUCCAGAUUCGUCCUCCGCCUCCGCCUCCGCCUUCAAGCUCCUCCCGCAUUUAAGCCUUAGCCUCCGACUUCAAUCCUCGUCCUCUGCGCUCUCGCCUUCUUUGCUCGACGAUCUCGAGAAGUCCGCCUCGUCCUCUUCUUCAUCGACGACCAUCAACGCCGACCUCCUCUUCUUCUCGGAAGAUUCUCCUCCUCAAUUUCUUCUAUCCCUAAGUAAGUUAUUCAAGAUUUCAAGUUAUAGGUGAAAAGAAUCCAGGUAGAGGAUGGCCACACAUCUGUUUGAGGACAUUUUUGAGGUGAAAGGUUUGGACCCAGAUGGGAAGAAGUUCGAUAAAGUGUCUCGGAUUGUAGCAGACAGUCAGCAGUUUGAAAUGAACAUGCAGCUAGAUGUAAAUACUGAGGUCUACCCACUUCGCGUUGGUGACAGAUUCACCAUGGUUUUAGCACCGACCCUCAGUCUGGAUGGAACUCCUGACACUGGUUAUUAUAUGCCGGGUGCUCGGAAAUCUCUUGCAGACAAGUUUGAGUAUGUUAUGCAUGGGAAACUGUAUAAGAUCUCGGAAGAGGGUUCUGAUGGAAGAGUCAAAGUGGAUAUAUAUGCUUCAUUUGGUGGCCUUCUAAUGAUGCUCAGGGGUGAUCCUUCUAAUGCAAACAACUUUGAGCUGGAUCAG